CACUCAAUAGUCAAUUCGACCAAACUCCAUAGCUAUCUAGAGAGAGAGAGAGAGAAACAAAGGUUAAACUAUGUCUAAAAAAGUGAGCGAAGAGGGACAAACCCACCACCAUGGCAAAGACUACGUUGAUCCUCCACCAGCUCCGCUUCUCGACAUGGCAGAGCUCGGGAAGUGGUCUUUCUACAGAGCUCUCAUCGCCGAGUUCGUCGCCACGCUCCUCUUCCUCUACGUCACCGUAGCCACCGUCAUUGGUCACAAGAAACAAACCGGUCCUUGCGACGGCGUUGGUUUGCUCGGAAUCGCUUGGGCUUUCGGUGGUAUGAUCUUCGUCCUCGUUUACUGCACCGCGGGAAUCUCUGGUGGUCACAUUAACCCAGCUGUGACUUUUGGUCUGUUCUUGGCGCGUAAGGUCUCUUUGGUGAGAGCUGUUGGUUACAUGAUAGCUCAGUGUCUUGGAGCUAUUUGUGGUGUGGGUUUCGUGAAAGCUUUCAUGAAGACUCCUUACAACACUCUCGGAGGCGGAGCUAACAUGGUAGCCGACGGUUACAGUAACGGGACUGCUCUUGGAGCUGAGAUCAUCGGAACUUUCGUCCUUGUUUACACGGUUUUCUCUGCUACUGACCCAAAGAGGAGCGCUCGUGACUCUCACAUCCCUGUCUUGGCUCCACUUCCAAUUGGAUUCGCUGUGUUCAUGGUACAUUUGGCUACUAUCCCCAUUACUGGAACUGGCAUUAACCCAGCCAGAAGCUUUGGUGCUGCUGUUAUCUACAACAACGAGAAGGCUUGGGAUGACCAUUGGAUCUUCUGGGUUGGUCCAUUCGUGGGAGCACUAGCAGCAGCAGCAUACCAUCAAUACAUUUUGAGAGCUGCAGCAGUUAAGGCAUUGGCCUCAUUCAGAAGCAAUGCAACCAACUGAUGAUGAAGAAGUUUGAAUUUCCCCAUUUAGUGAUGAAGGCUAAAAUGUGAAGAAACAGUUUAAGAUUAAUGUGCUUUUAUUAUGUAUGAUUAUUUGUGUGUUUGUGAGAGAGAAUUUUAAGUUGGUGGAUGUAUGGUGUUAAUCAAGAAAUGGGUCUUUUUAUCUCUUUA